AUUAUAGAUCUGUAUAGGAAGUCAACUUUUACAUAAGCCUAAAAAUUUUGAAUUUGGGUUAGUUGAGUUGUUUCCUAAGCUAAAGGGAUUUUGGUCGGGGAAAUGAUAGAGUUAAAUACUAUCACAUUAGUUCAAGGGACAUUAAUGCCUGACAAGAAGCCAACUUACCCUGAGUUUAGAACUGCUGGUAAAUGCUGCAAGGCUCUCAGUAAUAUAAAGGCUGAGGAAACGAGUAGGAAAACCAGUCUCCCCUGUUGAAUAUUCAGAAGGAGAGAUUCAAGAACUGCCACUGUGAAAAAUACUUCUGUGAUUAUGGAUUCAACUGACAGCAAAAAGAAAAAAGUAGCUGUCAUUGGUGGUGGAUUGAUAUUCGAGUUGCAAAAUUUGCCCGUGGAAGAAGUAUUAAUUUGGCCCUUUCUCAUAGAGGACGUCAGGCUCUUAAAGCGGUUGGACUAGAAGACCAGUCAAAUCUGACUUCUUUGCUAUUUGGAAAAAAAUUAAGCUUACCAGAAAUGAAACUUCAGGAUAUGCUAAUAGACACACACUAGGAAGGGAAACUGGAACUUCUUGGAACUUCCCUUGAUGUGCAAGAAGAUAGAUACAACUGAUUGUAUCCCAGGGCAUUCCUAUGAGAGCAAGAAUGAUUCAUUCUCUCUCAGGAAAAAAAACUGCAAUUCCUUAUGGAACCAAAAAUCAGUAUAUUCUUUCUAUAAGUAGAGAACAUCUAAAUAAAGACCUAUUGAAUGCUGUUGAAAAAUAUCCCACUGCAAAGGUGCACUUUGGCCACAAGUUGUUAAAAUGUAAACCUGAAGAAGGCGUAAUCACUCUCCUUGGAUCUAAUCAAGUGCCCACAGAAGUUACUUGUGACCUUAUUGUAGGGUGUGAUGGAGCUUAUUCCACAGUCAGAGCACAGUUCAUGAAGCGGCCUCGCUUCAACUACAGUCAACAGUAUAUUCCUCAUGGGUACAUGGAACUGACUAUUCCACCUAAGAAUGGGGAGUAUGCUAUGGAACCUAAUUAUCUACAUAUUUGGCCAAGAAACACUUUCAUGAUGAUUGCACUUCCUAACCAGAACAAAUCCUUUACCUGUACUUUAUUCAUGCCUUUUGAAAAUUUUGAAAAGCUCACCACAGGUAGUGAUGUGCUGGAUUUCUUUCAGAAGUACUUCCCGGAUUCCAUCCCCCUAAUGGGAGAGGAAGCAUUGAAGCAAGAUUAUUUUCUGCUGCCAGCCCAACCUAUGAUAGCUGUCAAAUGCUCCGAAUUCCACAUUGGUUCCCAUUGUGUACUCAUGGGAGAUGCAGCACAUGCAAUUGUGCCCUUUUUUGGACAAGGCAUGAAUGCGGGCUUUGAAGAUUGUUUGGUAUUUGAUGAGUUAAUGGAUAAAUUCCAUAAUGACUUAAGUGCCUGUCUCCCUGAAUUCUCAAGACUCAGAAUUCCAGAUGAUCAUGCUAUUUCAGAUUUAUCCAUGUACAAUUACAUAGAGAUGCGAGCACAUGUCAAUUCAAGAUGGUUCAUCUUUCAAAAGAACAUUGAAAAAUGUCUUCAUGCAAUUAUGCCAUCUACCUUUAUUCCACUCUACACUAUGGUCACUUUUUCCAGAAUACGAUACCAUGAAGCAAUUCUACGGUGGAAUUGGCAGAAAAAGGUUAUAAACAAAGGACUCUUUUUCUUUGGGACAGCAACAGCCCUAAGUGGUACCUGCUUAUUUGUAACUUACAUGUCACCAAAGGUCCAACUGAAGAUGCUGUGGAACUGGAUCACUUCCUUUAGGAACAUAGAAAAUCUGUUUUUGAAACUUCCAUGGAAUUAAAAGAGUGAAUUCUAAAUUGUUAUAUUGGCUGUUAUGAAAGAAGGUUAUCUAAUAACAGAUGAUUGGCUUUUUGGAAAAGAUAUCAGGCAUUCACAAACAUAUAUUGACCUUUAUAUCCAACUCACCAUUUGAAGGUGGCCUACAAAUAGUAAUGCCAUUUUGAAUUGUUCUUUAGUGCUAUUUAAAUGCUUGUUUUAAAAAAACGGAUUCCCCUCCCCUCCCCCUUUUAAAUUGAGAGCACUGGAAUGAUUUUUGGAACUUCAAGCCAUGACAUUGUCUUGAGAGUCCAAAAUCAUUUUAUAGGUGAUGCUGCUAUCAAUGAAAUCCUUCUGGAAAUUUUAAACUUUUGAUUGAAUUUCAAUAGAUUAUAUAUGAAAACUUUAUAGUAAGACUCUGGUACAUCACUAACGUAUAUGGGAAGUAUAACCUAUUGUAUAUUCUGUUAGACCCAAUAUUAAAUAAACUAUUUCCUUUGUUAACACUA